AUGCCGCAUAUUAGUAAGCUGAUAGACUUUGGAUCCAGUGUCGUGCUUGAGUCGCAAGACAAUGACUACUUAAGAGGCACUAUCGGAACCCCAGCCUUUCUCGCUCCUGAAUGCGUUCAGGGUACAGGGGAAGCCUAUUCAGGAAGGAAAGCAGACAUAUGGGCAUUGGGAAUAACACUGGCACUGAUGCUGACUGGGAAGCUCCUCUACGAUGGGUUUACGAAGUAUGAUGUAAUUGAGGCUAUUAGAACUAAGCCUCUUGACAUUGAAAAGAGCGAAUUGUUCAAAUCCGUUGAUAUACACGUGAUUAAUCUCCUCGAAAACGCCCUAAAUCGAAAUCCCGAGGAGAGAUUCAGUGCACUAAAAUUAAAGGUACUAUGA